GGGGCAGAGGGAGUCCAAGGGCCAGGAGGGAAAAAGGCAGAGGAGGGACCCGGAACCAUGAACUGCAUCAUCCGACCGUGCACGGUGAAGGACUGCAAGGUCAUCCUGCAGUUCAUCAAGGAGAUUGCCGUCCAUUACAGGGUGCCCCCUACCGAAGUGAAAGUCACCCUGGAAGUGCUGAGAGAGGACGGGUUCGGGGCACAACCCCAGUACGACUGCUACGUGGCGGAGCUGCCCCCCCGGCAGACGAACAAGGAGGGUGGCAUCGUGGGCUACGUCCUGUCCAGCUUCACGUACAGCACCUGGAAGGGCAGGAACCUCUACGUGGACAAUCUCUACGUUCAGCCACAGUUCAGAGGCCAGCAGAUCGGGAAGCGGCUGAUCGAGAAGGCUGCCCAGGCAGCCGUGGCCAAGGGCUGUGGCCAGCUCCGUAUGCAUAUAGCCAAGACCAACGAAAUGGGCUUCCUGGCCAGGCAGGGCGGCCAGGAUCUGACAGCCAAGGAGGGCUGGAGCCUCUUCCACUUCAAAGAGGACGCCCUGCGGAGACUGGCGGCCCGGAGCAAAUUUUAGGGGCCUGGGGGGCGGGGCAGAGCCCAGAUGGGU